CUGUCACAGGUUUAAAAGGCAGAGACCAGAACCUCUUCAUUCCAUUGUAGCUCUCCAGUCAGAAUUUGUCAUCAGAUUUUUUCCACAUCAAGACUGUGAAGACUGACCAUGAACAAAGUGCUGUGUUGGUUUCUUGCUGCAUCUGUGCUCUUUGUUGUAGCCGAGUCCUUGACCUGCAACACAUGCAGAUCAGCACUCCUGGGGAUAUGCCUGAUGUCUGAAAAUGUAACAUGUUCACCUGCCCAGCCUAACUGCUACGUAGGCAAAGCAAAGUUUGGCAACAUCGCUGAUUUCAUUGGCUUCUACACCCAGGGCUGCCUGAACACAGUCACCUGUAACACCACCACAACUGGCACCAUUCUGGGUGCCCCCUAUAAUGCCACAUACAGAUGCUGCAGCACAGAUCUGUGCAACGUAUUCGGCGGGGCCAACACGGUGCAGCUCUCCCUGGCCACCAGCGCCGCCCUGCUGCUCUCCCUGUGGAACAGCGUGAGGUGCUAAGGACUGAGGCGGCCCUUCCUCUCAUACUUCCUGAAGCAGUAGUUGACACCACGCACAGCAAGCUCGGACGAAACCUUCCAUUUUGUCCCUGAAUAUGCCAGCCUGUUUAAUCUCGUCUGUGCAACUGCACUUCAGGGCACUGCCUGAAACCCAUGCAUUAAAAAGAAUGAAGCCUUGCAUCUUUCCUACAUUCCAUUUUUCAGGUCAUUCAAUAUAAAAUUGCAAUCAGUUCUAUUUAAUGUUAAUGUAUAAAUAAAUGUAUGAUCAUAUUUUUUUUAUUGGAGACUGAAUUACGUGAUUUUAUACCAUUUUCACUUAAUUUAUACUUUGCUGUGAUUUAACUGUAACCAAUCUAUCGAACAAAUAAACAUUAUCAAUAUUAACAA